AUGCUGCGCGCUCCGUUAUCUGUCACGGGCGCAAAGGGUGCCAUGCGCCGCACCACCUAUACGGUCCCUGUUGCGUCCUUGUGCGGCGUGCGACCCUACCACACCGCCCACAGGUCGCACUCUCUGGCCGUUACGUUCUCUGGUGGACUGAGCAACUCGUUUGAGUCUUCCGCCUUGUGUUUCCCCGCUACAUUGGCGGAGACGAAGCGCCGUUACGCCGAGAAGCCGAACCCGCACGACAGCAACACUGAAGACAGCUCGAACACCUUCUUCGACGUGCAAGACGUCAAUGCAGACCGACUAACACAUUUUUACUGGGACUCCAACGAUGAGGCAGACACGCCGUACGACGCAUCUCUGUGGGACAGCUUGUUAGGGGAAGGGGAGCUGGACGAAUGGUCGGGGGAGUCGCUAACGUUUGUGGACGAGCGCGAUCACCAGCUGCUAGAGAAAGAGUACCUGCAGUAA